AUGGUAUCAGAGCUACGCCAUAGCUACGCAGCAGUAGUGACGAUGAACAACGGAACCGGUGAAGGAAGUGCAUCCGGACAGACAUCAUCGCCUCCUGCAAAUCAAGUUCCGAUCGGAAACAAUCCGAUUCAGAGAAGUGACGAAUUUGAUGAUCCAUUCUAUUUACACAUCACCGACAAUCCGAAUCUGGUUCUCGUUUUUCCUCCCUUGUCUGAACAUAAUUACGCAUCAUGGAGCCGUUCAAUGAAGAUAACUUUGGAAGUUAAAAAUAAGUUUGGCUUUGCUAAUGGAUCUAUUCCGAAUCCAGGAGAAGCAGAUCCGAGAUUUUCAGUGUGGAAGAGAUGCAACACUAUCGUAUGUUCAUGGAUUUUGAAGUCUCUCAAUUCCAGUAUUGCAGAAACUGUUCUAUAUUAUGAAAUAGCAGCAGACAUUUGGAAAGCUCUUAAGAAAAGAUAUUCGCAGGCAGAUCCUCACAGAAUUGCUGAAUUGCAGAAUCAAAUCUAUAGGAACUUGCAAGGUAACUUGACUGUGAACGAAUAUUUUACUAAAUGCAGUGCAUUAUGGGAAAAAAUGAAUGCUAUGAGACCUCUGUUGGUGUGUGAGUGUGCUCCUAGAUGCACCUGCAAUUUGUUAAGUAAAAUGCAGAAGGAGAGAGCAGAUGAUCAAGUUAUUAGGUUCCUAGAUGGUCUUAAUGAUGAAUUUGAAUCUAUAAAGUCAGGUGUAUUGGUGAUGGAUCCAAUUCCAGAUAUGGAAAAGAAUGGACAGAACCAGGUUUCAGAAGAAGAAAGCCUUGUGGCAGUCUCAGCCUCUAAUUUCAAGAAGAAAUUCAAUAAUAGUGGGGGGAAGAAUGUGCCUAAGUGCACUUAUUGUAACAUGACUGGUCAUACUGUUGAGAAAUGUUACAAAAAACAUGGAUAUCCUCCUGGAUGGAUCCCAGGAUACAAGGCUAAGAGCAGGCAGAAUCAGGAUGCAUAUCAAUCUUCAAAUUCUGCUGUGAAUCAAGUUGGUGAUAUAGGUAUAUCAUCUGAUCAAUUUCAGAGGUUAAUGAACCUCAUACAGAACCAAGGUCAAGGAAGCCAAUCUUCAACCAAUGCAGUUGUGACAGUGAAUACCUCAGGAAUGAAAGCUGCUUUCAAAAACACCUCUGAGAGCCCUAAUGAAGGUAGUUUUGUCUCUAACUUGCUUAUUAAUGCUGCUAUGUUUUCUACUAUUUGGAUUUUGGACUCAGGGGCAACAGAUCACAUCACCUGUUCCCCAGAGUACUUUGAGAGUUGCAGGAUGGUUGUGAAAUUGCCCAAUGGAGAAGCAGUCAGUGUAAGCCAUAUAGGAGAAAUCAGACUGGACCACAACAUCUUAUUGAGGAAUGACUUUCAUGGAACAACACUUGGUUUUGCUAAGGAGAAAAAUGGAUUAUAUCUGAUAAGCAAACCUCCAGUCAGGAGACAGAUUAGGGUAUUACCCUAUAAAUAA